AGUGGGGGAGGCUCCUCUCAUUAAAGGUGGUCUCACCCUCUGUAGACAGUUAUAAUAACCCCCUUAUGUCUGAAUACAUUUGCCCGUUAUAGGGGUCAACAAGCGAACACAAAGCCAACGGCUACUAUUCCGGUCUCUCUCUCUCUCUCUAACAUUCCAACCUGAACCCACUAGAAAAUCGGCGAGGUGAUCGGAACCCAUUUGAAACCCCAACCAGAAGAUGAACAAACCAACAACAAAUCACCACCAACAGAACCCACAAGCCUAAUCUUGGAAAAAAAAUGGCAAAUUUUCGUUGCCAACUAUAAGGUCACCUUUCCUUCCCCAAUUCUUCUUUGGUUCUUUCCACUGGGUUAGAAUCCACUCUCUUCUUCUUCUUUUUGCGCUGGGAAAUGCUUUCUUGCCUACAUUUACACCCCCAACCUUGUGAUUUAUUCCCCUUGUGCUCCCAAUCUCACAUCUUUUUUGUGGGUGGGUGGGUGGGAGGAGAGAGAGGGUGUGUUGAAUUGGGAGUUUUCUGGAUCUGGGUAAUUUGAAUCCUUGUUAAAAGCCUCAAAAUCCCUUAUCAUUUGAUCUUGAAUGCCCUUUUAAUUUGGGGAUAAUUAGGGUUCGCUCUAAGUUUUCUUAGAACAAAGAAUCAAUCUUUGGGUCUUGAAACUUUGAAUUCCUUGAGGGUUUUUUUAGUUUUCUUUUGGGUUAUUGUACAUUUGUUGUUUUUCUUCUUGUUCUUUUGGGAUAUAUGUUUUUGGGAUAGAACUUGAGUCUUUUGAUCAUUAGGAGGAGUACUCCAAUUUGAUUGAGAGGCCUUGUUCCAUUUGGUUUGAUUGUUAAACCAACCAAUUGGUGAAUUGGUAGAGUGGUUUAAAAUUUGUACAUAGUCCUGAGUUUCUGGGGUAAAUAGAAAGUGUAUCAUGUCUGUUGCUGAUGUUGCUUUGAGUCCAAUUCGUGAAGAGACGGUACGAUCUCUCGGUUGUUUCGAUACCCGGUUAGGUCUCUGCUCUGACGAAUCAAUCAGAAUUUACCUCACUGUCGCCGGUUCUGUGAUUCCCAUGAGGGUGUUGGAGUCCGAUUCGAUUGCGUCAGUAAAACUUAGGAUCCAAUCAUGUAAAGGUUUCGUAGCGAAGAAACAAACCUUGGUUUUUGGAGGUAGAAAGCUGUCACGAAACGAUUCCCUCGUUAAGGACUAUGGUGUGACCGAGGGAAAUGUUUUGCAUUUGGUUCUCAGGCUUUCUGACCUCCUUGUCAUCAUUGUUAGGACUGCCUGUGGGAAGGAAUUCGAGUUUCAAAUCGAUCGCUAUAGAGAUGUAGGGUAUCUCAAGCGAAGGAUUGCCAAGAAAGGGGAAGGUUUUGUUGAUCUAGAUGAUCAAGAGCUUCUUUGUAAUGGCAAGAAGCUUGAUGACCAGAGGCUUAUUGAUGACGUUUGUGAGAAUACGGAUGGUGUGAUUCACUUGGUAGUUGAGAAAUCUGCAAAGGUUCAUGCCGACCAUUCGGAGAAAGAUGUUGAACUCUCUGUCAUAGCAGCUAAUUGGAUUGAUGGGAUAGAUGUCCAAACCGAAUCUCAAAAGCCACCUUGUAGGGAUUUUGUUUUGGAGCCGAUUUUUGUGAAUCCAAAUAUAAAAUUGCCUUCGCUCAUAUGUGAUAUGAUUAAGUCCACGCUUGAUGGACUUGAGAGUGGCAAACAACCCAUCAGAUCAUCUGAGGGUACAGGAGGGACUUAUUUUAUGCAAGACGAAUUGGGAAACAAGUAUCUUUCUGUUUUCAAGCCCAUUGAUGAAGAACCGAUGGCUGUGAAUAACCCUCAAGGGUUACCCUUAUCAGAAAAUGGUGAAGGGUUAAAGAGGGGAACCAGAGUUGGAGAAGGUGCCUUUAGGGAAGUUGCAGCAUACAUACUGGAUCACCCAAAGAGUGGUCCCCGCUCAUCGUUGAGUGGCCAGGUUGGUUUUGCUGGUGUGCCGCCUACCGUUUUGGUCCAGUGCUUGCACAGGGGGUUUAAUCAUCCAGAUGGGUAUGUGUCUGCACAAAAGAAUGUUAAGAUUGGUUCUUUGCAAAUGUUCGUGAAGAACUAUGGAUGUUGCGAGGACAUGGGUCCUAGGGAUUUCCCUGUGGAGGAGGUCCACAAGAUAAGCGUGUUUGAUAUAAGAAUGGCAAAUGCAGAUAGGCACGCGGGAAAUAUUCUGGUGAGCAAAGAAGGGGAAGAGGGGCGGAUCGUGCUUGUUCCUAUUGAUCAUGGCUAUUGCUUGCCUGAAAAUUUUGAAGAUUGCACGUUCGAUUGGCUCUACUGGCCACAAGCCAACCAGCCUUACUCACCAGACACCCUUGAAUACAUAAAAUCGCUGGAUGCCGAAAAAGACAUUGCACUUUUGAAGUUCUAUGGAUGGGACCUGUCGCUUGAGGUUUCGCGGACACUUCGUAUCUCCACCAUGCUUCUGAAGAAAGGGGCGGAGAGAGGACUGACUCCCUUCGCCAUCGGAAGCAUCAUGUGCCGGGAAACCUUGAACAAGGAAUCCGCGAUCGAGGAGAUUGUUCGGGAGGCGCGGGAUUCCAUGCUCCCCGGGAUGAGUGAAGAUGCAUUUCUUGAAGCAGUGUCCCAAGUCAUGGAUUUCAAGCUUGCAAAAUAAAUCUCACCAGAUCUAUAUCUACUAUAGGUAUUAUGUAAAAUAAUGUAUAGAUGGAAUGACCAGUCCAUUUGGAUGGACUGAAGAAUUUUAUCUAAAGGUGGGAUGGGCUUCCUUUUGUUCUUUGUGGGCCUGACACUUUGUUUUCUUUCUACUUCUGUUCUUUUUGAACCAAUAAUUGUGUUGUCUUGAUGUACUGAACAGAAGUUCGUAAGAUAAAUAAGAAAAAAAUUUAGCUAAA